GCGCUAACAGAGCUGCCAGACAGUUCCAGCGACCUGUGUACAUAAAUUGCUUGCCUGGCUGAUAAAAACACAAGUUUUUUAAAGCGAAUAAUUGCCUGAGAUUAGUGAGGCAAUUAAUAAAUCCCGAUUGACGAACAAGCUAUGUGAUCAGCAAACGAUUUAAAACUAUAAAACACCCGCAAGAUGGCCGACGCCUACUGCCUGACGAACUUUAUUGAUUUUUCGCUGUCGCUGUCGCUGCCGCUGAAACACCACAAUCGCAUCAAGUACACCUGCUUCGACAUCUCCGACAGCUAUAUCAUCUUCGGGGCCUCCUCCGGAUCGCUGUACCUGUUCAAUCGGAACGGCAAGUUCCUGCUCUUGAUACCCAACAAACAUGGAGCCAUCACCAGUCUCAGCAUUUCGGCCAACAGCAAAUAUGUGGCUUUUGCAACGCAACGAUCGCUCAUCUGCGUGUACGCCGUCAAUUUGUCCGCCCAGGCGACGCCGCAGGUGAUCUUUACGCACCUGGACCAAUCCGUGCAGGUGAGCUGCAUCCACUGGACGCAGGACGAGAAGCAGUUCUACUAUGGUGACUCCCGCGGACAGGUCAGCCUCGUCCUGCUCUCCUCGUUCAUCGGGCACAGCCUGCUGCUCAACAUGACCGUGCACCCGCUGCUCUACCUGGACUCCCCCAUCGUCCAGAUCGACGACUUUGAGUCCCUGCUUCUGGUGUCCAACUGCACAAAGUGCAUUCUUUGCAAUACGGAGUACGAGGAGUAUAAGCAGAUAGGGAAUCGCCCGCGUGACGGCGCCUUUGGAGCCUGCUUCUUUGUCUCGCCGCAGGAGUCUUUGCAGCCAUCUCGCAUCUACUGCGCCCGACCAGGCAGUCGCGUCUGGGAGGUGGACUUUGAGGGCGAGGUGAUACAGACGCACCAAUUCAAGGCCGCCCUGGCCACCGCACCUGCGAGGAUUCAGCGACCUGGCAGCGGAGCAGACGAACUGGACGCCAAUGCCGAGCUGCUGGACUAUCAGCCGCAGACCCUGCAGUUUGCCAAGGUCCAAAGGCUGAACGAGGACUUUCUGUUGGCUUUCACAGAGCUGGUGUAUGUGUUUGAUGUGCGACGAUCGGCGGUUGUGCUGUGGUGCAAUCAGUUCGAAAGGAUAGCCGACUGCCGCUCCUCUGGAUCGGAGAUCUUCGUAUUCACCCAAUCUGGUGCACUUUAUAGUGUCCAGCUGCAGACGCUGCAGUCGCACGCCGUUUCCCUCAUACAGCAGUCCAAGUUGCUGCCCUGCGCCAAUCUACUUCGCCAGCAUGUGCGGUACUUUGCGGACAAGGCUCGCGAGGAUUACGAGCUGAAGCAGCUGAAUCCUCUGAAGCAACUGCUCAUCGAGCGACAGGAGUACGAGCUGCUGAAUGAUAUAUCCGUGAUUUUCGAUGCCAUAACACAGUGCACGGGCAGUGCUUUGGACACAAGUUCGGGAGGAAGUUCAGCCACCACUGAGCGCAGUAUAAGUGGCGGAAGCUCAGCGAAAGCGCCAAAAGGAGUGUACGUUCUGGAGAACGCGUUCUGCGACAACCUGAAACAGCCGCUCAAGUCGGGACACUUCAAAGAUGCCCUGCUGACGGUAACUGGUAAAUUCGGCAAGAACAAUAAGUACAAGUUCAAUAUUUUCGCCGAAGAACAGCAGCAGCUGGUCAGAGAACUAAUCCCGGCCAGCGAGCGAUCUCUGCCGUUCAAGGACAUCAAGGCGCGCUACGAAUCCGGAGGCGAGGAGGAGGAGAUUGUUAGCCGCUGCAAAAAACCUGUUCCCCAGCUCCCGCAUCAGCCCGAGGAGAAGACCCUCUACAAUCUCUACCUGAUCGCCAAGAGCGCCAAAUUCAGCCGGACGCAGUGCGUCGAUCGAUACCGAGGGGUGUUUGAUGAGUAUGCCGCGGGGGAGCUUGUGAAUCUACUCGAGAAAUUGGCCCAGGUUAUGGUGGAGCAUGGUGAUACGCCGGAUGAAGCGCAACGCAACUGCUAUGAGAUGUACUUUGAUUACCUGGAUCCGGAGCUGAUCUGGGAGGUGGACGAUGCCACGCGUGAUCACAUAGCCGCGGGAUUUGUGCUGCUAAAUGCGCCCGAAAAUGCGGAGAUUGUAAAGUGUGAGCAUUGCUCGUUCCCGCUGCGCUUUGAUACCUCCUGUCAGUACCAUGAACUUGGAGCCGUGCUUCUGCGAUAUUUCUGGUCCCGCGGCGAGCAGGUCAAGUGCUUUGAUGUGGUGCAGUGUGUUCCGGCUCUAUUGGAUGUCCUAGCUAAAUUCUACCUAGCCGAACAGAACCUCACCAAGGUGGUGGCCAUCGUUCUCAACUACGGACUGCCGGAACUUCUGGCAGAUGUUGGCAAGCAACUGAGCGUUGGCGCCUGGGGUCGCUGCUUUGAGCAGUUCGUAGAACUCCAACGCGGAAAGCUGAUUUGCGCAAAUUGUGAGUGCAUUUCGGGCGUGGAACAGGAGCAACUAGGACGGCACUUCUUCUACAACUGGAACUGCUUUCUCAACAUCGCACUGGACCACAUGGCCGCCGGGGAUACGCUGGCGCUGAUCUUCAAAUGGAGCUCGUACAUUCCAAACGACGCCAUCGACCGGGAGUUCUACUCCCGCUGCCUGCUCAAGGGCUAGAAGAUCGGGCAUUAUUAUAUAUAUACGAUACUAUAUAGCCAUAUUUAUUGUUCCACUAUCUAAUCUCAAGCUAAGGCCAAUACCAAAAGCAUUUAUUCUAUAUAAACAUGUACACCCACGAUAUGUAUAUUCUAAAUACGAGAGUGCAUGAAUAUAUUCGAGAGUUCGAGAAUUCAAAAA